UGAUGAGGAAUGUUUUUAAAACUCUGGAGAGACAGCUAAGAUGAAAAGAGUAGGGUUAGAAAUAUUUGGAAACCAAGCAUAAAAGAUUGCAAAGUCACGCAUGGGAACUUGCUUCAGUGACAGCGGAAAUUAAAAUUGAGCCAGCAGCAUGAUUUUAAAGGCAAAAGCUUAUUUAUGAAGGAACUGAAAUUAGGCAGACUUCAGCUUGAGAAGAAGAAAAGCCACAGUGGGCAAAGCCUUGAUGGAGAUCAGACAGGCCCAUUAACAAAACAGAGAAGCAUUUAUAAAGUUGCUGGAGUCUGGUAAUUUUUCACUGGAUGCUGGACCUGGCCAAGACCCCUACCUCCCUGUAUGAGGAGUACCACAGAGGAUGCAAUAAAACACAGAGACAGUAUUAGGAAUACAUAACAGGGAGCUGGGAGGUCAGUGCCUCAGGGUGGGCAAAGACGAAGACCUCUUCCAAAGGCCCACUUUUUUAUUAGUCAGUCAGAAGUGCAGGGGGGAGAGGUAGUGUACUUUUCACUGUAGUAGUAUGAGGAACAAGUUUAGCAUCACAAAGAAACAAAAGUUAAGGUCCUUCCUCACACCUGGGUACCUGCUUCCUCCCUGGUGUCCUCAGCAGAUCUUAUCUUGUCCUGUGGCUGCCAGCCACUGCCAAGAACCACUGAGCCUGAGCCUGAGCUUCAGCUGAGAGAAAACAAAACCCGAGUUUCUGCAGACCAAGGAGCCCGCAAGGCAAGACCAGCCUCAAAUAGAAGCUAGUCCCAUUUUACAAUCUGUAGUCCCCAACAACUGGAUCUUGAGUCUGGCUUUUGGAAAUCUCUUCCUGUUUUAAGGAGUUUCUUUCUUGUGCAAGAAUGGAUAAGUGGCCAUUCCUGUCCUUAGAGACAGGCACCCCCAGGCUACUAUAGCACAUCAACUCUUGCAAGAGUAGGGAGAUAAGAUAAGGGUGCAUUCCAUACAUCUUUGGUAAGAGAGGAUAGGGAAAAAAAGAAAACUUCACUUUUAGUGGAAAACACACCAUGGAUUAAUGAGAACCCCUUAGUCUCUUAUUCCCAUGAGAGCCUGGUCUACUUCAUAAAGAGGACAGUAAUGACAUGAAUUUUAAAAGGUUGCCAGGACCAGCUCAGGGACACCCAAGAAUAAUCAUUCUUCUAUUAGGUAGAGGGGAGAGUUUGAUUUGAUCACAUCCAUGGAAGGGAAAUCAGCAGGAAUAUUCUGAAAAGAGUAUGGAGGCAAGACACUAUUAAAGAUGCUCCUAGGAUACUUCCAAAAGCACCUGGCGGCAAACAGGUAGCAGCUAAGCUGGGUAACUUAAUAAAGAUAAACAAUAUUCACAUCUUUGGUAGGUUUUUUUCUUGACAUUGCGGAAUUGCCUAAAUAAGAAUGCCUGCAAGUACCACUUGCCCACUUGCCUCCAUAAGAUGUGUUUUGUUGUUGCUGGGUUGUUUGUUUUGUUUUUAUACUACUGGAUCAGUAAGAAUUUUUUAAAGUCCCAAAUCUCAAUCUUACUAUUUUUGUUCACCUUGAAUCAGCACAGCCAACAUUAAUGCCCUUUCAGUUUAGAAAAACUUGUUGUUUAUUCUUUCAAUAGGUCAUGAGUUAAAUACUAUUGCGUACAGUACUUAUUGGAAGCAAAAUUCAGUCUCCCGUUUUAAACAAAAUUAAAAUCCAUUUGGAGUAUUAAAAACCAUAAAAUAUAAAACAAUUAUAGUUCAAUUAAGAGAUGGCCUGUAUGAUUCAGACCAAAUAGUAUUUCAUUCAGUGAAAAAGAAUCAAUCCCUGCUCUUUUUUCCUAAUACAGAGGACUGACAGGUGCUAAAUCCCACUUACUCUUCCUAUUAAAAGUUUAACUGUAUUAUAUUAUAGAGAAUCUUUCCUGUUGAAGUCUUCUACUAUGAGUAACUACUUUGAAAAUGAUACACAGUAUAUUAUUGUUAUUCUCUUAUUAUUAUGUUAUAAAAUUUUCUUUCUUUGUUUCUUUGCCUUGGUCCCUAGGAUGGUUGACUUUAAAGACUUGAUAUUGGGCGUUAAGGCAAAGACUCAGAGAGAAAAAAAAAUCCUAAAAUGCUUUUUGCUAACAGGAAGAAACUAGAAUCUACUUGAAUGCUGAAAGUCAAUUAAGUUUAUCUCCUAACUGCUACUACGUUCAUUUCUAUUACUUGUCCAGCAUGACCUCUUUCUAUCUUUGAUGUACACAAACACCUAUGAACGUUAUUAAAAUGAAGGUUCUGAUAAAAUUACAUCUGGAGUGAGACUUCAAAGUCUGCCCUUCUAACAAGCUCCGGGGUGAAGAUAUGUUGUUGCUUAGCAGACUAUACUUUGUGAAUAUGAAGAUCUAUGACAUUGCAGAGAACAUGUAGUGUUAAAGACAUAGUUACGAGAUCUCCUGUUCCUGCGUUUUCUGGUUGUAUAACCUUACAUAAAUCAAUUUACCUCCUAAGCCUUCCUUUCUCAUCAGGGUAAGUAACAUAGCAACAAGAGCAGGUAACACGCGAGUUUUUCCUGUGUACCUGGAAUUAAUGUUUCAUAUUUAUCAACUAAUGAACAGGCUUAGGUCCAACCUGUCCAAGACACAGUAAAUGAUAAACUGAGGCAAACUCACUCGCCUUUUUUAAGCCACCAUGUAACACCGCCUUAGCUCCUUGAGCCGUAAUGAACGUUAAGUAAUAAUCUGGCAUUUAGCUAACUUUACCAAGUACCCUCGUUACAGGCCCUGGUCUGAGCUUCCUUGGGACAUACUAACCGAUUUAUAACCGCCCUACAAAGUACUGGAUGUAUCCCCACCAAGCAGGUUUUUUUAAAGGUCUAAACAAGCCGGGUGUGGUGGCUUGUCUGUCCAGCGCCGAGAGAAUGUGCAGGACUGCGGCAAGGUCAAGCUCAGCUUGGGCAAUUUAGUGAAACCUUGUCUCAAAGUAGCAAUGACUGUAAAAGGGAUGAGAGUGUGCUCAGUGUGAGGGCCUCGGGUUCAAUCCCCAAUACAGAAAUAGUAGUAAGCCCGAAGCGAGUGACCGACGUCAAACACUGGCACUGCCGGGACUGCAACGGGCGGGAAGGCGAAGAGCCGGCGGGGUCCCGAGAGGACGCGACGCAGGGGCGUUCGGCCCGCGGGGGUGCUGCAGCCCCGGGUGCACGCUCCUUCGCGGAGUUCUAGUCUCUCCGCUCACACGCGGGACGCCGAAGGCGGGCUACGACUCUCCUAAAAUAACUUGCCUCCCCCGCCCCCGAGAAGGGCUGGCUACUGACACAGGUUUACACUCGGCGCGCACACCCACCCGACCUGGACCGCACGCCAAACGCAGCCCGGGACUCGAACUGCCCGCGCCCGCCCCCGUCCGACCGCCUCCAGCCCGGUGCAUCCUGGGAAACGAAGUCCCAAACAGAUCCUGAACUUGCAGUACCUCCCACAUCCGGGCUCGAGCCUGACGGGCCCACCCCUAACGCCACCGGCUCUCCAAUACCGCCCUCUGCCGGCCUUUCUUUUGCCGUCCGAAUCCUGAACUACUUCCGGUUGCCCCGGAAGUUAACCCUUCUCUUCCGGAUUGAGUGUCGGCGUCCGCACGUGGUUGUUGCCUUUGCCGGUACCGGGUCCACGGCUCUUGGAGAAGUAACUUCAGCAGCUGCGCUAAAGCGAGCGAGCUGAGCUGGAGCCAUGGAGGGGCCCAGCGUGGAAGAGCUGCUGGCCAAAGCGGAGCAGGACGAGGUGGAGAAGCUGCAGCGCAUCACGGUGCACAAGGAGUUGGAGCUGGAGUUCGAUCUGGGCAACCUGCUGGCUUCAGACCGCAACGCCCCGACCGCGCUGCGGCAGGCGGGGCCGGCGCCCGAGGCCGAGCUGCGAGCCCUGGCGCGCGACAACACGCAGCUGCUCGUCAACCAGCUGUGGCAGCUGCCCACGGAGCGCGUGGAAGAGGCGGUGGUGGCGCGGCUGCCGGAGCCCACCACGCGCCUGCCGCGGGAGAAGCCGCUGCCCAAGCCGCGGCCGCUGACGCGCUGGCAGCAGUUCGCGCGCCUCAAGGGCAUCCGCCCCAAGAAGAAGACCAGCCUGGUGUGGGACGAGGUGAGCGGCCAGUGGCGGCGCCGCUGGGGCUACAAGCGCGCGCGGGACGACACGAAGGAGUGGCUGAUCGAAGUGCCCGACGGCGCCGACCCGCUGCAAGACCAGUUUGCCAAGCGGGUCCAGGCCAAGAAGGAACGCGUGGCCAAGAACGAGCUGAACCGGCUGCGCAACCUGGCCCGCGCGCACAGGACGCAGCUGCCCAGCGCAGCCGGCAUGCGCCCCGCCGGCCACCAGACUAAGGAGGAGCUGCGCCGCGCCGUGCAGGUGGCGAAGCUCUCCACCGCCUCCGCGGGCCGCUUCCAGGAGCGCCUCCCCAAGGAGAGGGCGCCCCGGGGCUCGGGCCGGAAGAGGAAGUUCCAGCCGCUUUUCGGGGACUUCGCCGCCGAGAGAAAGAGCCAGUUGGAGCUACUUCGCGUCCUGAACAGCAAGAAGCCUAAGCUGGACGUGACGAGGGCCACCAAUAAGCAGAUGAGAGAGGAGGACCAGGAGGAGGCCGCCAGGAGGAGGAGGAUGGGCCAGAAGGGCACGAGGAAGGGCGGCCGGCAGGGUCCCGGGGGCAAGAGGAAGGGCGGCCCGCCCAGCCAGGGGGGCAAGAGAAAAGGUCGUCUGGGAGGCCAGACGCAGUCCAGGCCGCCCGGUGCGGGCAGCAGGAGGAAAGGAGGGCAGCACCGGGCGGGAGGGAGGAGGAAGUGAUGGCGUGCAUCCUCGGACGUGCUCCGGAAGACCUGUACUUAGGUACAAAACGUUCAGCUGUGGAGGGUGCAGAAGGAGGUGACUGCUGCCUUCACUGAACUUGGCAGUUGAAGGGACACCGUUGCUCUCCCCACAAACGGACUGUACAAAUUGUGUUUCCCCCUGUUACACAAAUUAAUCGAGAACAGGAGAUAAGGGCGUAAGAAGUGGGGAAAUAAUUCGUUUGAAGCCAGGAAUGAAUUCUGUUCUUUAAGAGUAAUCUUUCGUUUUAAUUUUGGAUAUGGAGUUAAGAGUUGGUCCUAUUUCAGGAAGUUAAUAGGGGAUUUACACAUUCCUGCAUUAUUUUUAUAACAAACUUGUAUGAUAAUCAAAGCAAAGAGAGGAAAAGUUAUUUUCUAAUGGUAUUUACAAGUAACUUUUGUAAAGAUUAUUUAAUAAAGGUGUUCAUUUAAUGUUUUUCACUUUUGGGAGAAUGAACAUGAAGCCAGAGACCUGGGUAUCCAGCACGAAUUAUUUUUGUUUCUUAAAGACAGAAAGUAGUUAAAUUCUAAUGCUUUCAGUGAGAUCACUUUUAUUAGAAAAACUUAAACUUCUCCUGAUGUUAAAUAUAAAAUUAAAAGCCUAUUACAACUGAGGUAUGUAAAAAACAACUAACACUUCAUGCUGAUGUAAGUGCUGAAUUGGGGCUAUACUAAAAAUAAUGGUAACAUUUA